ACGGAUUAUGCUUGUAAUCCAAGGUUCCACUGAAUUGCACAGCUUACAUCCAAAAAUAUUGAAGCGCUUCACCCAAAUCCACAACAUUUGUGGUUUUGUAAGGUAGUUUUGCACACAAAAAAGUUGAUGAAGCCACAGAUGCGAUUUACUAGGUAGUGAAUCCAGAAGCACAAUAUCAGUUUCCAUAGAAUUAUACCCACAGGAUGUAUUUCCACUACUGCAGUCAAAUUUGGGAAAAUCCCAGUAUAUAUUUUUUCAUUCACAUAACAUACCUAAAAAUAGGAGCAGACCUUGGAAGUAACUUUCAGAAGGAUCCAAGGAAGCCCUGGGCCCCCUCUUGCAUCUGAUGAAGGAAUAAUGGCUGCUGGAGAAAACUGAGCAAACAUGAACUGGACAAAGAUCUGUGCUGGCAGAGGAGUCCCGAGCAGGAGGGCUUCAAAAAUGGGUGGUAAAGAAAGUAAGCCAAUACCGACCACCCCUCGAAGACCUGUGCCAACUAGAACUACCAUACCAGCCCCUGAGAGAGUCCUCGUGUGGCCAAAGAACAGUGCCCGUUGGCAGAAGCUGUACGACGUAUAUAUUUGCUCUAGUGAAAGGGACAUUUCUUAUGCUAAUGCAUUGCUCUUGUACCUACAGAAGCAGCCAGAAAAUGUGCGUUGCUUCCUGCCUAUGCGGGACAUGAAUCCUGGUGGAGCCAUUCCAACAGAGAUGACAAAUGGUGCAGAAAACAGUCACUGCUGGAUAAUGCUGCUGACCUCUAGCUCUCUCUCAGACCCAUGGUGCCAAUAUCAAAUGCAGCAGUUUCUGGCAUUGGCUCCAUAUGGCAAUGGGCGUUUGAUUCCGGUCUUGGUAGAGCUAACACUCCAAUAUUACCCAAAAGAACUAAGGCAUAUGUUUGCCUUUAAAGAUGUUCAAGGUGACCAGAAAGUGUUUGAACAACUAAGGAAAGUCGUAGUUUCAUACCUUUCAGCGCUACCAACAGUUACAACUCACCAAGAUGAUUCAAAAGAAGAAACAAACAGCAACACUUCUGAAAGAAGCCCAUCCAGCAGCCUGCUUGUAAUAAACAGCCAAGUCACAAGCUCACACACACUGAAGCCCACCAGCGAUACCUCAGUGAUAAGCUCUGGAACACAAGGGUCCACUGGUGAUACACCAUUGAGAAGCUCCAUGACACAAGAGUCCACUAACAUUAGGUCAGUGAGAAAUGACAUAAAUCAAGAGGCCACCAGUGACACAUCAGUAGAAAGCCUCAUACAGGAGGCUGCCAGCAAUGCAUCAAUGUCGGCUAGCAACAUGUCAGUCAUCACACAAACCUCCACCAGCAACAUAUCUGUGAAAAGUUCAGUGAACCAACAGACUAUCAGUGAGGCAUCGCUGAAAAGCACCUAUACACAAGCAUCUGCCGGCAGUACCUCAUGGACAGGUUCCCAGGAAUUCGCCAAUAAUAAGUCAGUGGGAACUUCCAUCCCGCAAGGGUUCACCAGCAAUAUGUCAACGACAAGCCCUGUUACACAAAGGUCCAUCUGUAACACAUUCAUGGGAAGCCCCAUGACACAAGACUCCAUUAGUGAAACUUGCUUGCCCAACAUGAACCUCUCAUUAUGGAACUAUGAGACACUAGUAUCCGAUACCAACACAUUGGCUAUAAACUGUAAGACAAUGGAUUCCAACACAUCAACGAGGAUCUCUACUGAGAUUGAAUUGCAGGAAUAUGCAAUUUCAAAAAAAGUUGACCGUGGAUCUUUCAAGAAGGAGACCGUUAAUAUGGAUUAUCAUGGCUUGGAUAGUAAUUUCUCUGCUAGGACCAACAACUCAACCAACCAGAGCAAUACAUCCACUAGUUAUGGUGGUGCCCAAAUGAACAGGGAUACAGAAAUUCUUCAAGGAGAUAUAUACACAAGUUGUGGUGGGACUAAUGCAGAAAUGAAGGACCCUCUAGACCUCUGGAGAGAGAUACACACUAGCUGUAGGACAAAAGCAGACAACAAGGCAUUUCAAAGCUUACAGAGACACAUAUAUUCUAGUUGUGCUGGGGCCAAGACAGAGAACAAGGACUCGGGAAGUAAUCUAUACACUUAUAGUGGACUGCAAGCAGGCAGAAGGGAUACUCUAAGCCAGCAAAGCAAUAUAUACACUAGUUCUGUCAGGGUUAAAGAUGUCCAGAAAGACAGAUACACAAGGUGUGGUGAGGCAGAAGCAAGGGAAGGAGACUCUAAAAUGUUCCCAGAAGAUUUAUAUGCUGGUUGUGGUGGGAUGCAGACAGGGAAUAUGGACUCUCCAAGCUAUCCUUGUGAUAUAUACACUAGCUGUGAUGGGAAGCAAGCACAAAUGGACUCUCAAAGUCUCCAAACUGAUAUGUACACUAGUUCCAAAGGGAAUCGGAGAGAAAAAAAGACCUCUGAUAGCUUCCAGAGUGAUCUGUAUACUAGUUAUAAGGGGACACAAACAGAGUUAAAGAAUGCUCAAACGCUUGAAGGAGAAAUUACCAUAGGUUGUGGGGGGCUCCAAGCAUCAAACAACAUUUCUGAAAGCUCACAGGAUGAUAUAUACACCAGUUCAGAUGGAAGGAAGAUGGUGAAAAAGAACCACCAAGCACUCUGCAGUGACCUGUACUUUAGUGGCACCACUGCUCAGACCAUGGACCAAAACACUUCAGUUCUUCAAAGCAAUGUAUGCACAGAUUGUACUGUCACCCAGGCAGAGGAUAAGGAUUCAGACAAUUCCAUUUGUAAUUUAAAUGCCAGCUGUACUGGUGCCAAGGCUUUUGGUAGUGACUCCUGGGUAUACAGUAGCAGGAUUUCCAUGAACUGUAGUGGUGCCCAGGCAGUGAAGCCUACCAUACAUACACAUAGAGAUGAUAGCAGUAAAUCAGCCAGUGAUGCAGCAGAUAAAACCUGAUGUCUAAACAUCAUGCCCUAUCUGACAAUUGCAAUCUAGAACAGGGUUUAAUCCCUAAUACUUGUAGUGCCGCUCUAAGCAAAGAAGGGGCAUGUGUAUAGUCCCGCUGGUACUCAGGAAAGGGGUGCUGGCUGAAACUAUCACCACUCAGUAGUGUACCUAGAAAGGUGCUUCUCUCCCAAUCCAGUCUGGGAGGUUAACAUGAGUGAGAUGGGGCCUAGAAGCCUAGGUGGGUUGGGUGAAACAUGUUGGAAGGGCGUGGCUUGUGGAGUGGUGCAAGGCUGAGGCCAUGUCACACAUGUUAACCUCACAGACUGGAUUGGGAGAGUGGCGAUUUUUCUAAAGUAGGGGUUAAUCCCCCAUUAACAGCAGGUAUCUGGUAUUGCGAUGCUAGAACAAAAGAUGUGCAAGAAACAACACCGUAAAUCAGCUAGUGUAGCAGACUAAUAUGGGAUGCUUUUGCUACAGAAUGAGGGGAACUUAUUAAAACUGGAGCAGACAGCCACGCAUAGUAACCAAUGGGCUUCUAGGUUCAGCUUGUUCGGUUAAGCUUUGAAAAUUAAAGAUAGACGAUGACUGGCUGCCAUGCACAACUGCUCCAGAUUCUGGCUGCUCCAGCCUUGGUAAAUUCCCCUGAAUGAGUUUGGAGCAAUCAAACCGUACAAGGAGGAAGUAUGACCAUAAGUCCUGGAUAUAGACUUAGGGCGUUAAGCCUAAGUCCAUGACCCGAUGGUCAAACUUCCUCCUUGUACUGUUUGAUCCCCAAAACUCAUUCAGGGGAAUUUAAUUGUUUGGUCAAAACUUUUAAUAAAAUAAAAAAAAACGGGACAGUACCUACACUCAAUGUGAAGUGUCCCUUUUGCUACUGGCUGUGGUUUUAGCUGACAUUCCACUUCUGACCCUUUUCUCUAUGGAGGAGCACCGGAACCUGGGAGAUAACAGGCAUUUGCCAAGAGUGCCAGCUAUGCAAGCCCCUUCUGCCUUCCUCCCUUUAUUUAGAGAACUGUACGCUAGCUUCCAUUAAUGUACAGCAAUCUAUAAAUCCAUUCCUAGAUUGAUUUUCAUUGAUGGCGUUUUCCACCUCCCUCCAUAACUUCUAACUCUGGGGGUUAUUUACUAAAGGCUAAUCCACUUUGCACUAAAAGUGCACGUGAAAUUGCACUUAAUAUUGCAGU